AUGGCUGAACCAGACAAGCCCAAUAUUUUGAUCCUCUCGCUUGCUACCCGUGGCGACGAGAAAAACAUCUAUGAAGAUCUGAUCGACGAUCUCCACGGAGUGUCCAACGUCAUGCGCGGAAAGACCAUCAAUGCCACCCUCAACAUCCUUCACAACAUCCCUUUGCGCGCAAUCAUCGUCACAGACAAAGUCCUUGCUGAUCUGAGCCCCGAAUAUGAAGAGGUACUUGACCUGAUCAAAUCCUACAUUGAAUACGGUGGACUCGCUAUCUUCUGCUUCAUGUUCUCAAACCCAAUCGUGAACGGCAAAUUUGAAAGCUUCUUUGAGUUCUUCCGUCUUCCCUGGAAGCAGGGCAAGAUUACCCACGAUACUUUCGAGGUUGAUCAGACCUGCACUUUACCCAUCUAUUUUCGUCGAGAUUCACUCCCGCAUCAAUACAAUGCGCUGGCUAUGCAAAUUCAAGGCGUUAGAGAGACCGAGAGGUUGCUUGUUCCGGUUUCACAACCCAGCGCGCCAGAUAACGCCGAUCUACCGCAGACUGCUGUUGCGGUGGCUCAGAUCUGCCUGGGCACGCUCGUUUAUUUUGGUGGUGCGUCCAUGAACAUUGGGUCUAGCAGGCUCCUCUUUGCACUUUGCGGGCUUCCUUUCCGGAGAAAGCCAGCUCACCUAUGGGGAUAA